AUGCUGGCAAUCUUUGCUCUACUUGUGUCUGCUGUUUCAGCAUUUUUCUUCGACUUCAAUCAAGGAAAUCAGCAGCAGCAGCAGCAGCAUCAACAAAACCCACCGGUUUCCUAUGAAGACCAAGUCCUUAACAAUGCAUGCGCCGAUUAUCUGUGUCCGGAUACGCUAGCGUGUGUGAAAUCGGCACAGGAUUGCCCUUGCCCGUUUCCGAAAUCGCAGUUGAGAUGUCCGCUUCCUGACGGUCAAUACUUAUGUAUCUCUAAGCCAGCAACUCACGACGUGAACUUAAAUGCACUAUAUGACGAUCCUUUGAAAGGUCCAAAAACUAGGUCAAAGGGUCUGAGAGACUGCGGCUGGGUCGAAAAGGCCUACAAGGGCACUCUGUAG